AUGGCUUCGCUCAGCUCAAAAUGUUCUGGAGUUUCCAGUUCCACGAUCGGAUCUCCGGGGGGAACCAGGUUGAGAGGAGCUUCACGAAGAGUAAGAUGGUGCAAAGAGAAGCACUGCAUAGGAUCAUGGAAUGUAAGAUCCAUGUCUCAAGGAAAAAUAGAUGUACUGAAGAGAGAACUGGAGAAAAUUAACAUCGACAUAUUGGGAAUAAGUGAAAUGAGGUGGACUGGCAUGGGAGAAUUUGCUUCGGAUGGCCAUAUGGCGUAUUAUUCUGGGCACGAUAACAACAAAAGUAAUGGAGUAGCCUUCAUAGUUAGUGAUAAAGUGAGAAAAGCUGUAAUAGGAUGCAAAUAUAAAAAUGAUAGAAUGAUGUCCAUCAGACUUCAAGGUCAGCCCCUCAACAUCACAGUAAUUCAAGUUUAUGCGCCAACAACCGAUGCUGAAAAGGAAAUUAUUGACCAGUUCUAUGGAGAUUUACAAGAAUUACUACUGUCAACACAAAAAAAGGAUAUUGUCUUCAUAGAUGGAGAUUGGAAUGCAAAAGUGGGAUAUCAAGCUGUAGAAGGGAAAUAUGGUCUUGGUACAACAACUGAAGCAGAACAGAGACUCCUAGAAUUCUGCCAAGAAAAUUCAUUAAUAAUUACUAAUACACUGUUUCAACUACCAAAACGACGCCUAUAUAUGUGGACUUCGCCAGAUGGCCAACACCGGAACCAAAUUGAUUACAUACAUUGUAAUCAGAGGUGGAAGAGCGCAGUUCAGUCAGCUACAACAAUACCUGGGGCUGACUGCGGAUCAGAUCAUGAGCUCCUGAUUGCAAAAUUUCGGCUGAAGCUUCAGAAUGUAGCGAAAAGUAUCCCAACUUGCAGAUACGACCUUAACUCUAUACCCUCCGACUACACUUUAGAGGUGCAAAACAGAUUUAAUGUAUUAGAGCUGGAGGACAAAAGCUCACAAGAGAUGUGGACAGAAGUAGCUAAUACCGUCAAGGAGGCCGCAGAGAAACACAUUCCCAAGAAAAGGAACAGCAAGAAGGCUAGAUGGCUAUCAGUUGAGGCACUGCAAAUUUCAGACGAACGGAGGAAAGCAAAAAUCGAGGGACAUAGAUCAGCUAUGUUUGAAUUAAAUAAAGAUUUUCAGAAAUUAGCUAGAAGAGAAAAAGAUAUUGUUUAA